AUGAUUGAAACAAUCAACGAACAGCCACAAACGACCGAUAAUCCCGCAAAUUACGAUUUGCCAACAGAGCAGGAGUACGAGGAGGAAAUCAACAAGUUAGAAAAGACAUUCAUUGGAUCCAUAUUCCCUAUCAGCAAAAAGGAGGCACCGAGAGUGCUCAUGGCAGCAGCCAUGUACUUCUUCGUGAGUCUCGUCUACUCGUUUCUGCGCCAAUUCAAGGACAACGUGAUCUACGACAUCCUGACACCUGCUGCUGGAAACUACCUGAAGAUACUCGUCUUCUUUGUCUCAUUCUUCGUAAUCAACACAAUUUCAAGCACAUUCAACAAACGAGGCAUAAACAAGGGUGCAGAAGUGUACAUUUUGUUCAUGGCCCUGAGCCUGGUGGGAUUCUCAAUUCUGGUUUUUGUGAAGGACUUCCUAUGCCCAAUUGGCUGGGCAGAAGAGGUGCUACUCUCCCAGAAGUACACCAUCAGGAAGCUAGGAACAUUCAAGGCCAUUCUGCCCCUUUUCAACCACUUUGUGAUGGUGCUCUACUACGUGCUAUCUGAGGCACUUGGCUCUGCACUGAUGAGCUUCGUCUGUAUGACGUACUUCGGAAGCAACCUGACGCCAUUCCAGAUGGAUCGAUACAUCCGAAUCGUCUACAUUGGUGCAAAUCUGUCUCUUCUAUGCACUGGAUUCCUGGUCUCUGCCAUUUCGAAAUGGGCUGAGAAAACAAUCAGAACCCGAUUCAAGUUCGCCUACUACGGGUUUGCAUUCGAUGGACUCGCCUGUCUCCUCUUCCUGAUCUACGGAAUGAAGAAGCUGCUGGACAAGGAGUUUGCUAAGGAACUGUACCAGGGGGCGUCAAAGAAGGUAACAAAAAAGAAAGGAAAAGCAAAGAUAUCAAUGGGUGACUCAAUCAGAAUGGUCUUCCAGUCGCGACUGCUCUUCAACAUGGUUGUGAUGUCACUUGGAUACAACUUUACGACAGCAUGUGCCUCCUCAAUGGCCUCCUACGUCUAUACGGCAUAUGCUGAAUAUUUGAUUCAGAAUCCAUCAGCAAACAAUACGCCUGGCUUCGUGCCAACCAAGGCGUACAUUGGGAUGCAGUACAAGUCGUUUGAGACGACCUACGUCUCCCUCCUGGUCAUCUUCCUGAUGCUUACGCCGAUGUUCAUGGGGCUGUUUAGGAAGUUUGGCGUCUUUUUGUUUGCACUGGUUACGCUUCUUUGCUGCCUGAUUCCAACCAUCAUCUCCGCUUUCUUCGCAACCAUGAACUACCCAUUCACCCGAUACAACGCGAAGGUGAUGUUUGGGCUAGGAAUGAACGUGUCUGAGCCAAAGUUCCAGAUGGAGGCACUCAUGGCUGCUCUUGGAAACGUGGCCAUCAAAAUUGGAAAAUACGCCUUCUAUGACGUAGUGAAGGAGGGCGUAAGCGUGCGAAUUGAUCCAGCAAACAGGGCAGUUUACAAGGGCAUCUUCGAUGGAGUGGCAGCAAAGGGCGGAAAGAUGCUGGGCUCCUUCUACAUCAUUCUGGCACAGCAGAUAUUCGGAGUGAAUGAUGCAAGAUGGUUCUCGCCACUUACUGUCAUAGUCAUGUGUCUGAUUUCAGUGCUAUGGCUCUUUGCCAUUCUGAGUCUGCAUCCAAACUACAAGAAGGCAUCUCAGACGAAAUGCUUCUUGGAUGACACCGUUGCAAAGAAGACAAAAAAGAUUCAAUAA